AUGGAGGGCUCAAGGCGAAAUAUUGCCGAUGACAGGGGCGAAGGAGCACGCUCCGGUGAUGGUGAUGCCACGAACGGGGCGAGCAGAAACCGAGGCCUGCGGCAAGACCACCCUGAACGCGGCGCGGCAUCCGAGGACGACGACAACGAAGACUCUAAGGCAGACUCCGACGGCAUCCGUCGAGGCCCGCUCUCUUCAGCAAGCGAUAGGCCGAAAGGUCAUGCGACAUCCGACAGAAAGGACGAGUUCCCUCUGAUUUCUGUGCCUCUGGACACAUGGGUUGGGCGGUUCGUGCGCAUCACCACCCCGAGACACAACGGCACAACAGGCCUCGUCCACAGGACAGGCAACGGCUGGGUGAAUCUGCAGACCGCGCUUGGGGACGUUGCCAAGCGCGCGUACGAUCUGGUUGUCAUUCCUGAGGAGAGGGCCAACAUUGGCAGCAUCGGUGGUAUGCUGAAGGCGGACGCAGCUCGCGGCAAAAGAUACAGAGGAGGCCCAAAGGGUGGGGCGGCCGUAGGCAGCAACUCUGGAUCUGGAGACGAAAGGAAGGGUGGUGGUCCGUCUCGUAAUCGCAGCUCGCGCACCACGGCGCGCACUGCUCACUCCAGUUCAGAUUCCAGCGGCCAGGAGGACGAUGACGGGGACGAACAUGGCAACGGCCGCUCCACUCGCCGCAGACGAAGGGCUCCCAUGGAUGACGAUAGCGAUUUUGAGGACGCUGACCAAGGGGACGACGAGGAUGAUGAUGGAGACGACGACCACCGCUAUGACGGUGGGGCUAAGAUGAGAAACGUGUCGAGGGGCGGUGGCAGGGGGUUCCCUGGUGGAGGGAGGAGUCGGACGAUGGCGAAGGGCGGGGGUAGGGAGAAAGGGGACAGGUAUGGAGGGGGAGAACCUGUAAAGUCUUCUGGGAGGAUGUCCAUCACGUUCACACGGCAGGAUGGAGGUGGCGGUGCCAAGCAGAGGGGAAGGGGCGGUGAGUACGACAGGAUGAGGGAGCGUGAGCGGGGCGGCAGGGGGGAAGCACUCAAAGGUGGAGCCGGCAGGGAUCGGGAUGGAAUGAAAGGAGACAGCUUCUUACCGAUCGGCAGGCACAAGGAGAAGGACUCUGAUGUUGGAGGCUCCCGCGCCAAGAGAAGGGACGUGAUUUCCCACUGUUCUGCUGGUGACUCAGAAGACAAAGUGGGAGCGGGCGGCUCCUACAGAGAGCGUGUGGACCGCUCGAGCAACAAGCUCGUUGCCGCGAACAAAAAGGACGAGGAGGUGAUAAAGUCGUCAUGGGUUCACCAGAUGCAGAAGGCGAAAGAGCGGCCGAAUCUGGUGCAUUGGCGCGAUGAACUAGUGGCUAUCACGAAGGACAGCAGCGAGGACUUUGAGGAUGCCACACUUAGCGUGGAGCUCAUGAGGGUGCGGUGCGAUGUGUGCUACCACGAGAAGUCGGAUGGCGACAAAUUUUGCUGGAACGAAAAGUGCUGGAUGUCGCCUGUUUUCUCUGGCUACUGCCACACAGGCGCGAAUGACGAAGUCAUCGCGCCGACCCCUGUACAGCAGAGUGCGGGAUACAUAAAUACGUUCGGGAGGGAGACCCUCAUCGACCCGGCGUUGACCAGCGCCCUGCAGGCACCUGUGAAGUGGUUGGAAACCAAGCGGAAGAGGAAGCUCGAGGCACACGAGGUGUUCUCGGAGGACCCUGCGCUAUACCGCUGGCAAUGCUGGGCUAGCCUAAGCAAGAACCCCAACUCCAAAGACCCCACAUUUGUCGAAGACCCAAGGUUCCGAGCUGCAGGGAGGGGGGACAGUGCUGACAAUGGUCGGAACGUGUCGAGUUCAAAGCCAUCGCCCGAGAGCGGUGGAGAUAUGGUCCGCCACGACGAAGGAGAUGAGAUGCACAUGGACGAGUCUGCCUCUGGCAGAGGUUGGGCAUGACUCGAAGUUGACGCGCUGCACAACUUGCGUCUGUUGCGAGCGUGUGGAUUAAAUGUUGACAUUCCGAUCAGGGCAACUGCUACGUACGCAUUUGAAGUCUUCAUGACCCUUUUCAGGGUGCACACGCUUUUCUUGUACUUUGUACACAAGAGCAGUAGACAUAAUAGACAGCAGUGACAGGAUAACAUCGGAGUACAUCGAUGGUGUUGCCUUUAAAAAAUCAAAUUGUAG